AUGAACAGAUUGAGAAACAAACUAAGGAACAUAGCCCAUAUAACAAGAUAUACACAUAAUGAAGACUUUUUGAAGAUGUUUAGGAUUUUAGGGUAUGUUGAUUUUAAAUAACGACUCUAGUAAUAAUUUUUUGAGAAAAGACCAUGUCAGUUAUAUCUAUAACUCUAAAAUCUAAUAGAAGAGUUGUCAUGUGGCUAAUAGGACUAUAGUUAAGAAUUCUUUACUCAAGUAUUGA